UUUCCCAAAACCCAGCGCGGCAGGCCUCAGCCGCGCUAAGAUGGCGACUCCCAUGCAUCGCCUCAUAGCCCGGAGACAAGCUGAAGCAAAUAAACAACAUGUAAGAUGUCAGAAAUGCUUGGAAUUUGGGCAUUGGACUUAUGAAUGCACAGGAAAAAGAAAGUACCUACAUAGGCCUUCAAGAACAGCAGAACUAAAGAAAGCUUUAAAAGAAAAAGAAAGCCGAUUAUUAUUACAACAAAGCAUUGGAGAAACUAAUGUAGAAAGAAAGACCAAGAAAAAAAGGUCUAAGAGUGUAACCAGUUCCAGUAGCAACAGCAGUGACAGUUCAGCCAGUGAUUCUUCAUCAGAGAGUGAAGAGACCUCUACCUCAUCCUCCUCAGAGGACAGUGACUCUGAUGAAAGCUCCUCCAGUUCAUCAUCUUCAGCCUCCUCCACAAGCUCUUCCUCGUCCUCCGAUUCAGACUCAGAUUCCAGCUCUUCCAGUAGCAGCAGCAGCAGCACAAAUAGUAGCUCUGAGGAUGAACCACCAAAGAAGAAGAAAAAGAAAUAGCAUUGUUCCAUCCAUGUUGGACUGAUGGACUAAAAACAUUAAUGCGAUUCUCAGAAGAGAAUUUAGAAUGUGUUAAGACCAAAUAGGUUAACUGAUCAAAAUUUUUAGAGUUCAAAAGUUUCUAAAUGUUUUACAUUGUAAGAGCAUAAAGAGUAUUAAUAAUGGAUUAUAUAUAUAAAGACUUUUUUAUUUUAGGGGUGAAUCUUGUUUUUUUUUUACCUUUAAAAUAUAUCUCUAAAAUUAAUCAAAGCUGAAAUCUAGUAAAUCUUUUUGUGAUGAAACCUAUCUUUUCUCCCUGUGACAUAAAUGCCAUACUUUGUUAUAUGUUAGUGCUAUGUAUCAGACAUGUUUUCAGGAUAAUGCAUCAGAAUAUCUGUCUGGCAGUGAAUUUCUAAUGCUUUUGGCUGUAUGUUAUUAUGUAAGAUUUAAUACCUCUAUAAGCUUAGAGUUUUCCUACUGUUAAUAAGUGUGCUCUAUUUUUAUGUUUAUGUUCAGAAAGUUGUUCUGACUUCUUGUCCUAAGUGAAAAGUUCAAGGAAUCUGUUAAUAAAUUUAUACCUUUUGGAUGGUACAAGUUUCAAGUUACUGUGUUGUAUCAUUCAUUUUCUUCUGGUUCUUAGAGUUACCCUUUUAUGACAAAAAUUAUUCUAGAGGAACUUAAAAAGGAACAAAAUUCUGAAACUACAUAGGACUCUAAUCUUGGUGCCUUUUGAGAAAUUCAGUGUAUCAGAAAAGAAAACAGUCAUUUAAAAAGCUAACUUAAGUAAAAGUGAUAUAAAUACCUUUGUGUGUUGAUAUGCUAUAAAAGGUACCAUUCAAAGGGGGAAAAAGGUAGAGGAAGAGAGGUAAUUUUUAGAAAAUUAGAGUGAUGUUGGUUGCCUUUUACUAAAAUAUUCUUAAGUUUUCAUAAAGAUUGCCUUUUACCAUUUUGCAAUUGUGGUAUGACAGUUUAUAUGGUAUCUGGUCGUAUAUGACAGUCUACUGCAUAAAUAUGAAUGACUUGGAUUAAUCUGGUGUGUUGACAUAGCAUAUACACAGUUGAAAUCUAGCAUGAAAGUUUAAAAAGAAAUACUGCACAGUAUUUCUUAAAAGUAAAGUACCAGGCCAUGGUGAAAUUAUUUGGUUUAACAUCACAUUAUUUUGUGAUGUCUUUUAAACUUUUUGGAAAGAGGUAUCAUUUGUAGAAAAAUCUUGAUUUGGGUUAAAUAUAGGUUUUUAAAACUACAGAUGUUGUCUUUUUUAUAUUUUUAUGAAAAAGCAGUAGAAAAUUACUUUUGAAGGAAUGGACUUCUAUUUAAAUGUUUAAAUAUAUGUAUGUUGUGAGUUUAAAGAUGUAUUACCUGUUUUACAGAACCGUUGGUUUUCAAUGAUUGUAAAUAAACUCUCAAAACAUCA